UAACCGCCAUAAAUGUCAUUUUCUUGGUCAGCAUGGGAACACUUGGAAAUCUGCCGGGAAUUUUGGUGAAGAUUCUCCCCAAAAUCCUCCCGGUCCGUUCUGCCCAUACCUAUGUCCGGAUUGCAGACUUGAAGACAUGCAAACAGGGUGACAAUGUGACCAUUAAGGGAUGGAUCAAUAAUGCCCGGAAGAUGAAGAAAACAUCCUUUGUGGACAUUGUCGAUGGCUCAAGUGCUGCACCACUUCAAGUUGUUCUUGGGAAGGAACUAUCAGCAUCAGCAGAUGUGACAUUUGGUUCCUCCGUUGUGGCUUCUGGGACACUCGGAAGUACCCCAAAGGGACAAAUUGAGCUUCGUGCUGAGGAAUAUCACCUCAUUGGGGCAUGUCCCAUUGAUGAGGGCUUCCCAUUUGCUGCUAAGCACACCUACAGUCCGGAUUACCUGCGUGAGCACCUUCACCUACGCUCCCGGAUUCCAUCAUUUGCCGCCACUCUACGUGUCCGGAAUGCUGCUCAGCGGGCUUUUGUGGACUUCCUCCACAACCGAGGCUUUCUGCACAUUCACACCCCCGUUCUGACUGCCAGUGACUGCGAAGGAGCUGGUGAGGUGUUCCGUGUACGUCCAGACAGCGAUGAACUCCUCCGUGGGAUGCAGAAAGAGGAUGUUCCCCAGGAGGAAGCAUUCUUUGACCAUCGAACGUACCUCAGUGUCUCCGGGCAGCUCCAUCUGGAAGCUAUGGCUCAUGGCAUUGGGAAUUGCUUCACAUUUGGACCAACUUUCCGUGCUGAGAACAAUAAAUCCCCCAUUCAUCUCUCGGAAUUCUACAUGCUGGAAGCUGAGCAGGUUUUCACAUCAUCCCUGAGUGACUGUAUCCUCCUCAUUGGGGAUAUGGUGAGGAAUGUUACGCAGGAGUUGCUGGACAACUGCACAGAAGACAUCGCCCUCUGUCAUGGAGACUCAACUGGUGAUCUCUUCCCAUGGCUCAGGGAAUACCGUGAGUUCCCCGUGUUGACCUUCAGGGAAGCCGUGGAGAUUCUCCAGAAGAACACUGAGAGCCUCCGGGUUCCAAUUGUCCCAGAAGAGGGCUUGAUGAAGAGCCAUGAGCUCUUCCUCACGGAUUUCUGUCGUUCUCCCGUCUUCAUCGUCGACUGGCCACACACGCUCAAACCCUUCUAUAUGCGCCCUAAAGACACAGAUCCCACCCUCGUGGAUGCCCUGGACUUCCUCGUGCCACGUAUUGGGGAGCUCGUUGGAGGGAGUCUCCGAGAGAAUGACUACGAACGAUUGAAGAAGAAACUUCCCGCCGGGAGUGAAUGGUAUCUCAGUCUGAGACGCUUUGGAGGUAUCCCCACAGCAGGCUUUGGGAUGGGAUUUGAGCGGUACUUGCAGUUCCUCCUCAAUGUCCACAACAUUCGUGAUGUCAUCCCCUUCCCACGGUGGCCACACAGUUGCAACCUGUAGACUAAUGUGCUCGCAAUUUUUAUUUAAAUAAACUUAAAGCUAAAGGAAUGAUUCUGUUAGAAAGGAAAGUACUCUGCGUUGAUACCACCUGCUU